AUGGCGGAGGUGAAGGCGAACCCACUCACCAUUCGAGACUUCAGUAAAGUGAUUUUGACACUAGAAAAUGUACUUAUUCCUGACGAUAAACUUUCACCAACACCAUCUAUGCAGGAUGGACUGGAUUUAGAUACCGAAACAGACUUGAGAAUCCUUGGAUGUGAACUCCUUCAAUCCGCAGGGAUUCUUUUAAAACUACCUCAAGUUGCCAUGGCAACAGGACAAAUACUGUAUCAACGUUUCUAUUACUCCAAGUCUUUGGUGAAACAUAAUUACGAGGUUGUAGCUAUGGGUUGUAUAAAUUUAGCCUCAAAAAUAGAAGAAUGUCCAAGACGACUGAGAGAUGUAAUCAAUGUAUUCCAUCACAUCAAACAAGUCAGAGGCCAGAAGACUAUUCAUCCUUUAAUACUGGACCAGAACUACAUCACAACCAAGAAUCAAGUGAUCAAAGCAGAACGUCGUAUACUGAAAGAGCUGGGGUUCUGUGUGCAUGUACAGCAUCCACAUAAGGUCAUUGUGAUGUACUUGCAAGUACUCGAAGCAGAGAGAAAUCAGAGACUUGUGCAGUGUGCUUGGAACUACAUGAAUGAUAGUUUCAGAACAGAAGUAUUUGUGAGGUUCCAGCCAGACACGAUAGCAUGCGCUUGUAUAUACUUAGCUGCUAGACAGCUUCAGAUUCCACUGCCAACCAGUCCACCUUGGUUUGCCCUUUUCAAUGUCGAUGAGAACCACAUUCAGGAAAUCUGUCUCACCAUCUUGAAGCUUUAUGCCAGACCAAGACCAAAUCAUGAAAAAUUGGAGGCUAAAGUGAAUGAAUUAAAGAAAGCACAGAUGGAAGCCAAAAAUCGAGCUAAAGGUCUGUCAUCGGAUCAUGGUACACCGAAAGAUGCCUCAAGACCCUGUUCUCCGAAAAAUGUGAGUCCCAAUCCAGCAUUAUUACAUGCCUUAAAACGCAUCAAGGCUGAGGAGGAUAAACACUCAGAGAAUGGGUCUAUAAGGAACAACAUCAAAAAAUCAAGGUCAAGAAGUAGGGGCAGGUCCUCAUCGAGUAGGAGUGACAGCAAAAGCCCUAGAAGAAACAGAAGGCAUAGCAGAUCUAGGUCUCCGCCAUCAAAGAAACACAAAAAAGACAAGUACAUCAGUUCUCAUGAUCGUGAUCGUUAUGUGUCAGCAAAGGAGCAUAAACAUUCCCAUAAACGGAAGAAGCAGUCGCGUUCCAGGAGUAUAAGUCGUUCCCCAAGUAGAUCUCCAGACCGGUACAAGUCUGUCAGCAGGAAAAAAUACUACAAAGAAAAGGACCAUUAUUAUUCCCCAGAAAGACAUUCCGCAAAACGCAGGAGAAAUGGACAUUCUAGUCCAGGAAGGGACCGCUAUGAUAAAUACAGGAGAUGAAUAGAAUAGAACGGGAAUUCAAAGGGCAUUGAACUGUUUUUGCAAUAUUGAUCCUCCUCCUCAAGUGCGUUAUUUUAUUUUCAGCAAGUGCAUAUUUAUGUUCUCGAUGCAUGUUAUGCAUUGAAUAUAUGAAUUUUGAUUGUAUGUGUAUGCAUGAGCAAUUGGAUGUUUGUUUAAUGAUGGAAGCGUACCGGUAACGUGCAUAAAUCUGUGAUAAAUGUGUGUGUAUUGAUGAAAAAUUUGGUCAUGAAAUGCUGUACGUUUUUUAACUUUGCAGGGAUUUUGCAGAAUCAUGUUUUGUACUAUUAAAGGAGAUCUGACAUUUUGUAUUACAACAUUGAUAGCAGAUGCUAUUAUGAAUUAAUAAACAGUCGUUUCAGUAA